AUGCGCUCCACAGGAUACGAUGAAUUGCUGUCAAUGAUUGCUCCGCACAUCACGAAACAGAUGACAAAAUUUAGAAAACCAGUCACUCCAGAGGAACAACUUGACAGGACACUCAGAUAUCUCGCCCAUGGAGACACACAGCAAAUGAUUGCAUUGAGUUACCGUGUUGGACGAUCAACUGCAUGCAGGAUUAUUCGUAAGACCUGCCAAACACUAUGGAAUGUUCUCCAGCCGAAGUUUCUUAAAAAACCAACAACGGACGAUUGGUUAAGCAUUGCUUACGAUUUUCAUACAAAGUGGCAGUUCCCAAACUGUGUAGGGGCUAUCGACGGCAAACAUGUCGUAAUGCAGUGCCCCGCAAAUUCUGGAUCAGAAUACUUCAAUUAUAAAGGGACCCACAGUGUGGUGUUAAUGGCGGCAUGUGAUGCCAAUUACAAGUUUACGUGGGUGGACAUUGGAUCUGCAGGAAGAGACAGUGAUGGGGGCAUUUUUGGUUACACAGAAUUUGGAAAUCGCCUCAUGAAGCAAACAUUAAACUUGCCUCCGCCAUCUGUGCUGCCUGGUACUGAUGUCGUCCUGCCACAUGUAUUUGUUGCGGACGAAGCUUUCCCUCUGACACCAAACAUCAUGCGACCAUAUGCAGGCCGAUCGAAGGACGCCCUAUCACCUUGUGAGGCAAUUUUUAAUUACCGUCUGUGCCGGGCACGCAGGUUAAUUGAAAAUACGUUCGGCAUUUUGACAACGAAAUGGCGAAUAUUCCGCCGUGCCAUAACGGCUGACGCAGAAACAGUGAAACUAAUUAUUAUGACAACCGUGGCCCUUCACAAUUACUUGAAAGACUGCGACCAAUAG